GCGGACGGACGCGCGGACUAAGGGACCAGUGGGCGGCCAGGCGCGGGGCCGCGAGAGGAGCAGCCACCGUCGAGGACGCCAUGAGCCAAUCAGGGUCCGUGAGCUGUUGCCCGGGUGCUGCCAAUGGCAGCCUGGGCCGGUCUGACGGUGUGGCCAAGAUGAGUGCCAAGGACCUGUUUGAGCAGAGGAAGAAGUAUUCCAACUCCAACGUCAUCAUGCACGAGACCUCCCAGUACCACGUCCAGCACUUGGCCACGUUCAUCAUGGACAAGAGUGAGGCCAUCGUGUCCGUGGAAGAUGCCAUCCGAAAGCUGGUGCAGCUGAGCUCCAAGGAGAAGGUCUGGACACAGGAGAUGCUGCUGCAGGUCAGCGACCAGUCGCUGCGGCUGCUGGACAUGGAGUCCCAGGAGGAGCUGGAGAACUUCCCGCUGCCGACCGUGCGGCACAGCCAGACGGUGCUGAACCAGCUACGCUACCCCUCGGUGCUGCUGCUCGUGUGCCAGGACUCAGACCAGAGCAAGCCCGACGUCCACUUCUUUGACUGCGACGAGGUGGAGGCGGAGCUGGUGCACGAGGACAUCGAGAGCGCGCUGGCCGACUGCCGCCUGGGGAAAAAGAUGCGGCCACAGACCCUCAAGGGCCACCAGGAGAAGAUCCGGCAGCGGCAGUCCGUCCUGCCUCCGGCCCAGGGCCCGGCCCCCAUCCCCUUCCGGCGCUACGGCAGGGACUCGCCCUCCACCAAGAACCGAGUGGGCCUGCCCAUGCCGCUUGGAGACCCAGGCUUUCGCCGCUGGGAGUCGCAGGAAGAGGAACCAAGGGCCGUGCUGGCUCAGAAGAUCGAGAAGGAGACGCAAAUCCUCAACUGCGCCCUGGACGACAUCGAGUGGUUCGUGGCUCGGCUGCAGAAGGCUGCCGAGGCUUUCAAGCAGCUGAACCAGCGCAAGAAGGGCAAGAAGAAGGGCAAGAAGGGGCCGGCAGAGGGCGUCCUUACGCUGCGAGCACGGCCCCCCUCCGAGGCCGAGUUUGUUGACUGUUUCCGGAAGAUCAAGCUGGCCAUCAACCUGCUCGCCAAGCUGCAGAAGCACAUCCAGAACCCCAGCUCAGCCGAGCUGGUGCACUUCCUGUUCGGGCCUCUGGAUCUGAUCGUCAGCACCUGUGGUGGCCCAGACAUUGCUCGCUCCGUCUACAGCCCCCUGCUCUCCCGAGACACUGUGGGCUUCCUGCGCGGCCACCUGGUCCCCAAGGAGAUGGCGCUGUGGGAGUCCCUGGGGGAGACCUGGACACGACCCCGCUCCGAGUGGCCUCGGGAGCCGCAGGUGCCCCCCUACGUGCCCAAGUUCCAGAGCGGCUGGGAGCCACCCCUGGACGUGCUGCAGGAGGCCCCCUGGGAGGUGGAGGGGCUGGCGUCAGCCCCCGGUGAUGAGCCAACUCCAGUGAGCCGCACGUCCUUCAGAAACUCCCCAAAGCAUGGCCUCGCAUCUGAGCCCACACCCCAGGGAGACGUCCUCCCCCAAGUCAGCUCCCCACAUGCUCACAGGGGCUACGAGCCCACACCGGCCAUGGCCAAGUACGUCAAGGUCCUCUAUGACUUCACAGCCCACAACGCGAACGAGCUGUCGGUGCUCAAGGACGAGGUCCUGGAGGUGUUGGAAGGCGACCACCAGUGGUGGAAGCUUCGAAAUCGCAGCGGCCAGGCAGGCUAUGUGCCGGGCAACAUCCUGGCCGAGACCCGGCCGGAGGACGCCCUCCUGGAGCAGAGGAUCGUGGAGAACCUGGGCAUCCUGACUGGGCCCCAGCUCUUCUCGCUCAACAAGGACGAGCUGCGGAAGGUGUGCGGGGAGGAGGGCGCCCGCGUGUACAGCCAGCUCACCGUGCAGAAGGCCGUCCUGGAGAAGCAGCAAGGCGGGUCGGAGCUGGAGGAGCUCAUGAGCAAGUUCCAUUCCAAGAACCAGAGGCGGGCGGAGGAAGACAGCUAG